CCGUCUGACACGAGAGAGGAGCAGAGGGCCUGAACAGCUGAGAUCUUUUUAUGAGUGUUCCUCACCUCACACUACUUUGGCACCAUCCUCUUCAUCGCGUGGCUCUUCAUCUGCGGGACACCCACAGAAAUCACCAACUAUGGAAUCUUGCCUAAUUGAAGUUGGGCCACCUGAUCCUGUGUGCGCCAGGACAACCGAGCGAAAUUAGAGCAAAAGAGAUCGUUAUGGACAAUUGUGCAACUCGUGCAUUUCCUGCUCGUAAAACGGGUGUCAGAAGCGGAAUUUCAAUCUCUGUUUACCACAUCUAUUUGCGCGUAAAGGACAACACGGCUCCAUUCAGCGCUACCUGAAAUACGCUGCACUAUGUUUUAGGAAUAGUGGUAGAAAGCUGUAGUUAGAAUAGAGCGUGUGCUUGUGAGACUGCUUUGUUUCUGCAAGCUCUUAUGUGAGAGUAGCCACCAGCUUUUAUUGCGCACAUUCCCAUUGUGCUCUGCAGAUUAGCCGCUCCGUUGGUGGAUCCACCGCAGCAGGACCUGAAGCUUUGACAGGCGUCAGCAGACACUGUGAAGGGUCCCACUGAAAACCCUUUUUCAUCUCCUGUCAUUUGAACUUUCACCACAACUGAAACUGUUUUUUAAAGCUGCACCCGUGAGACAGGAGUAAGCCAUGGCUCUACCAGAUGGAGGUAUAUCUGGUGAGGAGGUCCCCUUCCCAGAGAUUAUAGAGCUAAAUGUUGGCGGCCAGGUGUACAUAACCCGCUAUUCUACCCUCACAAGUGUGCCAGACUCUCUGCUAUGGGAGAUGUUCAGUCGAAAGUCGGUCAAAGGACUGGCCAGAGACACCAAGGGCCGCUUCUUUGUGGACCGUGAUGGUUUCCUGUUCCGGUACAUCCUGGACUUCAUGCGGGACCAGCAGCUGGUUCUUCCGGAUCACUUCCCGGAGCGGGGGCGUCUGCAGAGGGAGGCCGAGUUCUUCAACCUGCCAGAGCUCGUCAAGCUGCUGGCGCCCAAAAUCAGCAAGCAGAACUCCCUUGGUGAAGAGGGGUGUCAGAGCGACCCAGAGGACUCCUCACCUGGGAUUGAAAUGACCCGUAACCUGGGCUCCCUGGGGGGGGCUGGUGCUGCCUGUGCCAGCCUGGUGCCCAGCGCCCUGGAUGGAAAACGGUCCGGGUUCAUCACUAUUGGCUACCGAGGCUCAUACACACUGGGCCGCGACAGCCACACCGAUGCCAAAUUCCGACGGGUGGCAAGGAUCAUGGUAUGUGGAAAGACCUCUCUGGCCAAAGAGGUGUUUGGGGAGACCCUGAACGAGAGCCGUGACCCUGACCGCCCCCCAGAGCGAUACACAUCCCGCUACUAUCUCAAGUUCACCUUCCUGGAGCAGGCCUUCGACAAGCUGGCCGACGUAGGCUUCCACAUGGUGGCCUGUAACUCCACAGGAACCUGCGCCUUCGCCCAUGAGCAGACGGACGACAAGAUCUGGACCAGCUACACUGAAUAUGUGUUCUUCCGUGAGUGAGACUACCGGCAUUGUUCCCCUGGUCCCCCCCAUCCUGUCUCCAAGUGCCCCCCCCCUCCUCCUCCAGCCUCCAGGCAUCCUGUCCUCCUCUCUCUGAUGGAUCCUGCACCACUAGAUGUACCGUAGAUGUUGUGCCCCUCCAUCUCUCUCUGCAGCCUCCUCCUAUGAACACUUCCCAGCUGCUACUCUGACUCUUCAUACCGUCUCUGCAGGUUGAAUCUGCAGUGCCCCCCCCCUCCCCCCCCCUCAACUUCCCAAAAAGUCAUUCCCCUCAUCCUCAGGUCCAGCUUUUGCCCUUGCUUAAACCGCGUAGUCCCCGGUCCUCAACCUCAGCAACCCCCAAGCCUUUCCUGCAGAGACUGAUACCUUCUAUGUACUUUUACCCUUUUGUACUCUAUAUGUUGCAUCUGCCUUGGUGAAGCACAAUACGGUAUCCAAGAGCUAAUUUUGUUAAAUAAGCGCCCCUGGUGUGUCUAUAUGACUAUUAAAGCAGUCAUAAGGGCAAAUGGUAGGCAAAGGGCUUCAAAGAGUGGCCCUGAUGUACACUGCUACUUUUCCUGCUUACUCGAGCAGAUCGGACUCGCUCCUGCUCCUCUGAACUAAAUUACCAAAUAAUUGGACAUCUUAUCAGCCUUGUGGGACAAGAGCAGCCCAAGCACAAGAAAUGAGUGUAACAAAAAUCUAAUUUCCCUAAGUUUUUAUUAAAUGUGUCCACCAUGUGGUUGGGAACGUGCCAUAUAGUAGUUGAACUGUUCUGUUGUUGUUAUGAAUGAAUGAGCUUAUGAUAAUAUCGCCACAAGGACAGAUAGGAGACAAGAAAGCUUUGAACUUUUUAUUUUGAAAGGAAGAAGUGGGUGUGUGGAGUUUCCUUCUCAAAAAUAUGAUUGUUCUGGCAAGUGAUCAAGCACAAGGCUUUGAUAAACAACGAUGAAAGCCGUAUCUCAUAGAUGGGAAGAAAAAAGAUUGCCAGAUGAGGUGCGUGUAUUGAUUGUGAAAUGGAGCUUUCAGUAUUUUAAUCAUCCACACUGGGAGGGCCGAUGAGAUGAAAGUGUUACAUCACUCACAGCCCACAGCUCAUGUUGUCGCUCAUUGUUCUUCUUUGACCUCUCUUUGCUCAAUAACAUAAUUUAAGAGCAUUUAUGAAGUGAAGCAAUUCUUUGGACAGGCUUAUACCAGGACUACAUGUUGUUUAAAAAAUAGAUACAUGUGGUAGUCACCUUAGCGGAUCAAGUUUUGAGUGUUCUGUCAACAAUCAUGUUAUUCUUAAUACUCAGUUUGGUAUUAGUUUAAGAGGUUGCAUAUUUGAUGAGAGUUUUACUGAAAUUGAAUACACUCAACAAAGGGCAGGAUUACUGUAGCCAGCCAAGCCCCAAUGUUUCACUUCUGUAGCAAGGGCAUUGUGAGGGCAGAUUAGAGCCAGCUGGGAUAACUUUAGUUAUGACAAGUGAAGAAAUACGAUUGUUUCCAGAUACAGCCUCAGGACAGGUCUGCACAUCAUAUACCUCAGACUAAACACACAAACUGAAGGCACUUAAGAUGCGGCUGAUGACAAAGUUAGGAAAAUAUAACAAAUGUAGUUGCUGUAACCAGAUCAUGAAAUAUAGGUUGAAUUUUGAGUUGACAAGCAGCCAUUGAUCAGUGAUAUGCAGGAUUUUUCCUGAGCUAUGUUGUAGUAUUGGCAGUACGUCUGACAGUGACUAUAAAUGUAUUCUAAAAUGUCUAGAAACCGCCAUGUUGUGUUUCAGUGUGAUGAAGUGCUGUUGACAACUGAGUCAAUAUGUUAGACUUGCUGCAGUGUGUCGCUGCUGGAAUAGACAACACUGAAAUUAAAAGUGUUCAGCCAAAAGGAACAUUUAUCUGUCAAAUAAAAGUUGUUUUCUUUCUA